AAUAAACGAAACUCGUCUCUUUUCUUAGGCGGCAAGUGUUUGUUAGUAGUCUCGCGUGAUGAUGCCCUCAACUUCAACCUUAAUCGCCGGGGAAGAUUCGGUCGUUCCACCGCUGGCAAGUGUUUCCGGCGAAUCGUCGCUCUCCGAUAUGACUCAGACAGUUCAUUUUUCCUCUGGAAACCCUAGGAUCGGAGAGACUCGCGGCGUCAUGCAUCUAUUUCCCGACGAUGCCGUUUCGCCGUCGUCUUCUUCUUCUUCCUCUUCGAUUCUCCCUAUUGGGAGGAACCCUCUUGUUUGCGUUCUUGGUGUGCCGAACCAUAUGACGUACGCAGAUUUUUGCCAGUUCUGCGGCUCCUUCAUCCAGCACAUACUCGAAAUGCGAACUGUGAGGAAUGAUGGGAUGGAAAAUAGAUAUAACAUUUUGAUAAGGUUUGAUAGUCAAGAGUCUGCCGAUACAUACUACCAGCAUUUUAGAGGGAAACGAUUCAACUCACUUGAGGAAGAGGUGUGUCGUUUGCUUUUUACUCUAGAUGUUCAGUUUACUGGUUAUAGUGGAUCUAUUGACCAUACUCAGCCUUCUUCUGCUGGCCCAGUUGAGCAACCUACUUGCCCAGUUUGUCUUGAGAGAUUGGACCAAGACACUGGUGGUAUUCUAACAACUAUGUGCAAUCAUUCAUUCCAUUGUUCAUGUAUUUCUAAUUGGCCAGAUUCUUCUUGCCCAGUUUGUCGAUAUUGCCAGCAGCAGCCUGAAAAUUCAGUAUGUUGUGUUUGCCAAACAACGGAGAAUCUCUGGAUGUGUGUUAUCUGUGGGGUUGUUGGCUGCGGAAGGUACAAGGGAGCACAUGCCAGAACGCACUGGGAGGAGACGGAUCAUUGCUAUUCACUUGAGCUUGAAACACAGCGUGUUUGGGAUUAUGCUGGUGACAAUUAUGUUCACCGGCUUAUUCAAUCCAAAACUGAUGGCAAGCUAGUAGAAUUGAAUUCUCACGGUAGUUUGAGCAAGGAUGGUUGUGGAAGCUGUGAAUAUUCUGACAGUGGUAUGACUGAUGCUCUCUUGAACAGCAAAGUGGACAUGAUCAUCAGUGAGUACAACGAACUCCUCCAGGCACAACUAGAGAACCAAAAACAAUAUUUUGAAAAAUUGCUACAAAACGUCAAAGAGGAAACGGAACAGAAAGUCUCAGAAGCUGCGAACAAGGCAAUAAGCCAGAGACUGCAGAAGCUGCAAGCCAGGCGUGACAGAUGUUUCAAAGAGAAGCAAUUUCUUGAAGAUUUGAACGAAAACCUGAUGAAAAAUAAGGACGUAUGGAGCACCAAGAUUACAGAAAUGGAAGAAAGGGAGAAGAAGGCGGUUCAGGUGAAGGAUGAAAAGAUUGAGCGCUUGGAAGAACAGCUUGGAAAGCUAAUGGCCCAAAUGGAUGGUGGUGAGAGUGAAGGAUCAGAGUUAAAGGAGGAGGUCAAGGACGGUACUGUGUUGCCCAUAUCAGCCGAUAGUACUACCACUUCGUGUGGGUCUGAGAAAGUUAAAAAUGCGAGUAAAAACAAGAGUAACAGAAGAAAGGGUUGAAGACCUCCCUAAGCUGCUCGUAGUAGAGACUUAGAUGUUGAAGCAAUCUAGCUAUUCGUGUUAUGUGUGGUAAUGAAAAGAUCUGAAAGGAACGGUGGGAUUAUUCUUGUGUCAAAUAUGAAAUAUUGUAUUUGAUUAACAAAGUAAAUCAGAGCUUGAAAUCA